GUUGGUGCUUAACAGUCGGAAGAAGACCGACUAAAGAAAAUUUUUGUCCGAAAUGAAGCUGAUUCAGAAAUUAUCAUUGAUAUCGCUAUUGUUAGGUGCGUCAUCAUUCGUUACCGAACCAUCAGACGAUAAUUUACCAACAGUCGAAGUUUCGUGUAAUAAUUACGAACAUGAAACGAAAUUAUGGAAUCUAGACUUGAAUCGUAAUAAAAUCAAAUCCUUUGGGCCAAAUACAUUCAUCGGAUGCAAGAACGUUGCAAAUUUGUAUUUAGAUGACAAUCAAUUGGUGACAAUUCGACAAAACGAUUUUGUUGGACUAACAAAUUUGAAGUAUCUUUGUCUUCGCCGGAAUAAAAUAGAAUCGAUCGAGGAUGGUGCUCUGAAUUUCACCCAUUUGACGAAUCUCUAUUUGGACAACAAUCAACUGCAACAACUCUCCGAUCAUACAUUCACCGGGAUGCCAGAACUGACAUAUCUUAGCAUUGAUAACAAUAAUUUAGCACGAGUUGGUUCAUCGUUUCAACGUUUGACGAAGUUGCAAAAAAUUUCGCUGGCAUGGAAUCGCAUUGUCGAUCUCAAUUUUACUGCACUUCUACAGAUGCCCGAACUGACUGUCAUAUAUUUGAGAAGCAGUGGAUUGACGUCAAUUAAUACCGAAUAUACGCCAGGUGUAACGUAUGCUGUAGACGAUUUGGAUCUGGCUCAUAACGGAAUUCGACAAUCUGACUUGUUGACUCGUCUAAGGAACUGCGGUAAUCUCACUAAAUUACGUCUUUCCGGAAAUAGUUACGACAAAUUGGAUGAACUUGAACGAAUUGGAGAAUUGCUUCCGAAAUUGCGCAGAAUUAGUGUUGGUUUCCAAUACACGUACUCAGAAGCCCAGUCUAUGGCAAGUAAGUCGAAAAGAUAUGUAGAUAUUUCACCGAAUGAUUUUCCUGAUAUUAUGUAUUUGUAAUAAAUAAAAUCUCAAAAGAGGAGUAGA